AUGUCAGCAGGCGUGCUCAGCGACUGGCUCCGGGGACGCGACCCCACACUCAGCCGGGAGGAAUUCACAGCGCGCUGGUGCCACCGCGGAGUCCUCUGCACAGUGGACGCCCUGCCGGACGCACAGCCAGUCAUCCGCUGGAGCGCACAGCACCCAGAGGGCUACAAGCUUGAUCAUGCCAAGCUUGAUCAGGCCGGCCAGCCUGGCCAGCGGACGUUGGGAUACGAGACCGGCCUCGAGGCAGAUCACCAGCUACACUACGUCUGA